UUUUCAGUUUGGUAAUGGUAAUUGGGCUAUUAAAACUACACUGCCAUGGUGUACCCACUGCCGCUACUAAUCAGACUACAGAAGCGACAACAAGAACAAUAACGAACGAAACCAAAACCAAAGAUAAGUUAAUGACACUUAGUGGAGGCAAUGACCAACAAAGAGUGCUUUAUGAAAGUGAAAAGAGAACAAGAAAAGAGGACACUGCCACUGCCACAACUGCAGCAGCAGCAACUACCACCACAUAUGACCAACACAACUACGACACAAAUAGUAGCAUCGACAUGGUGUUGACACCAAUGAUGAGCAAUUUCCCGGCUAAUUUGGCUUUUAGUUUAAAAGCCCCCGCAGAAGCUGUCAACGCAACCACUAUCAGCGAUGGCACAUCUUACGGCGAAAAGGCGAAGGUUAAAGACUAUUACCACCCAUUGCAUUCCUCACCUAACCAACAACAUCAACAACUACCGCUGCCCACUAUUACACGGGCAAUGCAAGUAGCACGCAUUUACGAAUCCUUUCGCGCACUGCCAGAAUUGCCAGAUCUGCAAGAUGCACACACCGCCGGCGGACAACGUUUUAAACGCAUGUCAGAUUUAACAACGGACGACACACCAGCCAGCGCUACAACCAACAUCAACAUAACCACUGCAUGGCCGACGGCGACAACGACAGCGGACGCAACAGUGACGUCAACCAGUGUGGAUGCCAAUGUGACGAUGGCAACAAAUAUGCGUAAACGCACUGCAUCAUCGGACAUGUUAAGUCGCAACAUCUCGAUUAUUUUGGAAAAUCUACUUAAAAGCUACGAACAGUCACAGCUACCAACGCACGGGCAAGGUGUGCCAACGGUGGUGAGGACGAACAUUCUCAUACGCAGCAUGGGACCGGUGUCCGAGCUGGAUAUGGACUAUUCUAUGGAUUGCUAUUUUAGGCAGUAUUGGCGCGAUAAGCGAUUGAGCUUUCAGGGGCCAAUACAAAGCCUUUCACUGAGCAUUAAGAUGCUGGAUAAGAUUUGGCGACCGGAUACAUAUUUUUUCAACGGAAAACACUCGCACAUACACACCAUCACUGUACCGAAUAAGCUGUUGCGAUUGGAUCAAAAUGGCGGCAUACUGUACUCCAUGAGACUCACCAUAAAAGCAACCUGCCCCAUGGAGCUGAAAAACUUUCCAAUGGAUCUACAAUCAUGCCCACUUAUAAUCGGCAGUUAUGGUUACACAAAUCGCCAACUAGUCUACGAGUGGAAAGGUGAAGACGAUGCGGUAUCGUUUGUGCCGGGCAUGACGCUAAAUCAAUUCGAUUUGAUCAGCAUGAAACAACGCAAUUUCACGUACACCAGACGCGAAGGAGAUUUCUCUGUGCUGCAUGUAGCUUUCAAUCUUAAACGACACACAGGCUAUUUUCUAAUACAGGUUUAUGUGCCCUGCAUACUGAUAGUGGUCUUAUCGUGGGUCUCCUUCUGGAUACAUCGCGAGGCAACUAGCGAUCGUGUCGGACUUUGCGUGACUGCUGUGCUCACUCUAUCCACAAUAAGUCUGGAUUCACGCACUGAUUUACCCAAAGUGAAAUAUGCUACAGCAUUAGAUUGGUUUCUGCUGAUGAGUUUCCUUUACUGCAUUGCGACGCUUUUGGAAUUCGCAGGCGUACAUUAUUUUACAAAGGUCGGCAGCGGUGAAAUACCCAUAAGCGAGGAUGAAUGGGAGGACAUUGACGAGGGCAUUGCUGAUGAUGAGGCCGAAGAAGACAUACAGAGCUGCUCGAUAAAACGCAGUAAUGAAUCUGUUUGCGAAAUUCAACAUUCUUUAGCUGGUAACUUUUGCAAGCGCAAUGCAAUGAUAUGUCCUAUUUAUAAUGAUCCGACACAAAUCUUUCCGGCUCCCUCCUCGCAUGCUUCGACCAUGGAACGCACCACACAAACCGAGCCGCCAGUUAUCUCUAAAGCACGUCAAAUGUGGCUUUGUCUAAUUGGUGAUGAGAAAUUUAGAAAACAACGCGAGCGCGAUGCGGCGGUAACAAAAGGUACUCGCUAUGUGAAUAGCGUCUCGCUUAUCGAUCGAGUUUCGCGCGUCGCUUUCCCGAUGUCGUUUGCUUUCUUUAUGCUGCUCUAUUGGCUAGCUUAUGGCGUAUACAAAAAAGAGUUUAAAAACUGGUCAACAAUGAAGGGUUAAGGAUUCGACAGAGGGCGGUUAUUUGGACAAAUCAAAAAUACAAAUAAGAUAAAUAAUAUCAAUACAAAUAAAUAAGAUAUGAUGAUAAUAUUUUACAAAACAAAACGCUUAGUUAACAUAAUCAGAGCAAUAAAGACAAACACCACAACAAACAACGAGCUUCUUUUAUAUUUAAUUAGCCAACUUAGUGAAUAAAUAAGUACCUACUUAUAGUUACAUAAAAUCGGUUAUAUAGUUUGUAAGCUAGCAUGUUUAUA